UGUGUGAAAUCCACUUCCAGAAUAAUGGCGGAUAUGCGUGAAAGUUGGUAAAAGGAACGAAUGUUAUUGCCUCAUACAUAUUUUGUCCAAGAGGGACUUUGUUUAGUUUGCCCGCGAAAAGUUUGUCAAUGUCCCAGUCGUUCGUAUGAAUUCAGAAGGUUACGGAAGGGUUGCUACCGGUGAAGUGGAAAGCAGUGACACCAAUUUAAGACUUCAUCCGGAGCAUCUACCAGCAGCUGAAAACAUGAAGCGUGCAGCUGCUAAACAGCUGAUAGAGAAGUUAUACUUCCAGUUAAUGGAAGGCUGUGGGAACGGCGAGUGCAUCAAUGAACAGUGCGCCACUGGACGCAAGUCUGUGCUAACGAGUAACGAUGCUGCUGCCCAGGCCCUGAUGCUAGUCAGAUCUAGCCAAGCGAAGUUGUGUGGUAUUCGUCCUGUCAAGGUUGCACGCCAAGGCACUGACCUGCAGUCACCCUCUACUAGCAGUCAGGAAGAGCCGCUAAAUGUUAUACUCAGGGCUCCAGGUAAGAGCAUGAAGAAGGUGGACUUCAUGGUGGACGGGCAGGGCCGGCCGUGGACGUGGGUGAUGGGCGAGCACACGGACGACCGCAGCGUAGAACAGAUCCUUGAGGAGGAGGAGCACAGCAAGGCUAUUCCAUUUCUUACUGAGGAAAGCAUGUACGAGGUUCUACAACGGUGCGAACAGCAGAACAACUACUCCGAGCUUAUACGGACUAUCGGGCACGUGUUCUCUGACCCAGCCGUGCUCAACCGCAGCUUCCUGCUGCCGGUGGCGCCACCUAAGCCCGAUGACGCAUGUAGUGAGACGCCACUGUGCAAGGAGGAGAAGCGUGCGCUCGAGGGCGACCAAGACAAGGACACCGACUCGACGCAGGUGAUGGAGGACGCGGACUGCGCUGGCGCGGCGGCGUCGGACGCGGCCGCCACGGCUGCGGACGCGGUUGCUGCGGAGACGACGGACGCCGUCGCGGUGGACGUCGCGGCCGUGCGCCGCGUGUACGCGCGCCUGUUUGCGAUCGCCGGCCUGCCGUUCCAGGACUCGCUCAUCAACGCGAUGACGUCACUCGCACAGACGCUCCGCUUCGAGGCGAAGUACAACGGCACGGCACUGGAGCGCGCCGGCACGCACGCGCUGCACGCAUUCAUCGUGCUCAUGGAGAUCCCCGAGCUGCACAGCACCGAGUACCUGAAGGCGGCGCUGCCGGAGCUCUGCCGCGCCGCCGGCGAGCUGUCGGUGGGGGCUCGCGCUCAGCUCGCACGCGCCUGGUCGACGUACGACGCGGCGCGGCUGCACACGAUGGCGGCGACGCUGCAGCAGCUGCUGACGGUGCGCAUCGUCGACGCGCAGUGCGCGCGUGGCUACGCCGUCGCCGACGACGAUACGGUGCAGGCGGCGGCGAAGCUGCUCAAGGUCGUGUUCUACGCGAGCCUCGUCAGCGGCCGCUUCAGCCCCGCGGAGCAGGUCGCCGCCGAGCGCGCGCUCGAGCGUGCCGACGACGAGUCAAUGGCCGACUUCUUUCAGGGCGCCAUGGCCCCGAAGGAAGCGAAGGCGCCGGCGGAGGAUGCGCUGGCACGCGCGCUCUCCGUGCACGUCGUCGACUGCCUUGCGCCGGCCGUCGCGCACGCCCACUUCCAGAACGACGUGCUGAGUGAUCAGCUGGAAGCCGAUCGCAGCUUCCAUGAUCGCUUCGCCGUCGACUUCCCGUUCCUGCUGACGAUCCAGGCGAAGGUGCAGGGCAUGCACUUUGAGCACCGGCUGCGCAUGUACCACGAGCGGCGCUUCUCCGUGCUGCAGGCGCUCGUGCACGACGCUCCGCCCAACCCCUACCUGCGGCUGCGCGUGCGCCGCGAUAACAUCAUCGACGACGCUCUCGUUCGGCUGGAGAUGAUUGUGAUGGAGAAUCCGGCCGACCUGAAGAAGCAGCUGUACGUGGAGUUUGACGGAGAACAGGGCAUCGACGAGGGUGGCGUCUCCAAGGAGUUCUUCCAGCUAGUCGUUGACAGCCUCUUCAAUCCGGACUUUGCGAUGUUUACCUGUGACCCGGACACACACAUGGUGUGGUUCAACCCGACGUCGUUUGAGACGGACCGGCAGUUCACUCUUAUCGGCAUUGUUCUUGGCCUCGCCAUCUACAACAACGUCAUCCUCGACGUGCACUUCCCGAUGGUUGUCUACCGCAAGCUGAUGGGCAAGCUCGGCACGUUCGACGACCUCAAAGACUCUCACCCUACACUAGCUAGGAGCCUUCAGGAGUUGCUAGACUAUGAAGGUGAUGACGUUGAAGACGUCUUCAUGCAGACUUUUCGCGUCAGCUACACAGAUGUGUUUGGGGCUAACCUGACACAGCACCUUAAGCCAGACGGUGACAAGAUACCGGUUACAAAGGACAACCGACAGGAGUUCGUUGAGCUAUAUGCCGACUUUCUUCUUAACAAGAUGGCCGCUCGCCAGUUUCGAGCUUUCAAAACAGGUUUUCAGAUGGUAACAGAUGAGAGUCCCCUCAAAGUUCUGUUCCGGCCCGAGGAGCUGGAGGUUCUAGUCUGUGGUAGCAAGGACUUUGAUUUCAACGCAUUAGAAGAAACUACAGAAUAUGACAAUGGCUACUCGAAACAUCACUCCACCAUUAGGCACUUCUGGGAGAUAGUUCAUGAGAUGGCUGAGGAACAGAAGAAGUCAUUGCUCAUGUUUGCUACUGGGAGCGAUCGUGUGCCAGCCGGUGGUCUAGCUAAAUUGAAGAUGAUCAUAGCACGACAUGGACCUGACACGGAUAGGUUGCCAACAGCUCACACUUGUUUCAACGUUCUGCUUCUACCAGAGUACUCAAACAAGGAGAAACUGAAGGAUAGGCUACUUAAAGCUAUCAGCUAUGCUAAGGGCUUUGGCAUGUUAUAAAAGACCACAUAGUCCAUAUAGGCACAGUAUUACAUGCCAUAUAUAUAUAUAUUAAAAACGUGCGCAUUUGAUAUGGAAAAUUAUUGAAAACUGUCCUGGUACUUCUUGUGCUAUGUAACGUCUUGUACAGUGAGUAAAGUCCUGCUGUAUAAAAACGGAGUGCAGUCAAGAGUGGAAAUGUCUACAAGUACUGAUGAGAUGGAGAUUAAGAAUGGAGCUCACCAACACUUGCUGACUCAUAGGCGACUAAUUGGUUUUAUACAUGACACGCGUCCUGUGUAUGUAAUGCAAAUGGCAUGUAGAAGGCACUGGUAUUGGAGAUACACACUGUUCUGUCAUUCAGGAGUUAUCACUUGCAUAGCACCUGUACUGCUAUCUCAUUUAGGUCCACUUAUCACGUCUACAGAAAUUAAGACGCCACAUGGCAACAGAAAUCGCCAAGAAAAUACAUUGAGGUGGUGGUCGUGUGCAGCUAGCCAUGUGUAGUGUUUUUGAGAAUGUGUGUGGGACUGGACACUUUAUGCAUUUCUAAGUAAUCAGAAACCACACGGGUAGAACACAUGUUGGGUUAAUCUACUGUCAUGUUCCUUACUUUUGUACUCGCGUAGUGCUGUCUCGGACUCAUCUUAAUGACUGCUAGAGACAAAUGAUUUAGGCUGCAAUACUUACUUAUUGUUACGUAGUUGUCUUGUUCCCGUUGUUGGUGUUUAUAUUCGCAGUGUAUUUAGUAAUUGCCACCCUAUGAAUACUAUGCUUCUCAAAGAGGGCCCGUCCUGUUUUAUAUGCGCGCAUGUUGUUUGUGCUAUCAUAUGUCUAACAUACUUAUUAACGAAACCUCUGCGUAACUAUUACAACUUGCAUAUUUUUGACGAGCUUUGCACCUAGAUGGAUUGAUUCUACAGCUGGUGUUCUGCCACGACGGCUGCUGCCGUACGCCUGCAGGAAUGCAGUAUGAUACCUGUGCACUGUGAUAGCUGUAUUCCACGGGCAGUUCACAUCUAUCUGAGUAACUAAUCACUAAUUCAUGUGUGAGGGAAUGUUUCGGGGGGGAGGGUGUAACAGUUUCACUCAUUCAACAGAAUCAUGGAUUACCAGGGAAAUUUCGUUGGGAAGUCAUUCCCUUGCUAUAGUUUGCGUGUGCUUGCCACUUAUUCACCACGAGAAAGUAUCAAAUGGUUAUUGUUCAUUUAUUGACAAUGUUGUCUGGCCUGUGACUUUACAUAUUAACUAGAAACUGUAGAAUAUGCCUCGUGGUUAUUAUAUAGGAACACUAUAUGUUCACUUGGAACUGUGAGAAAUAUAUUAUUAAAGUAUACUAUAGAAUAUUUAUAAAUGACAGGGUUUAGCUUCAAUUUAUUAUUCUAUAGCGUGGUUUUCAGUGACCAAGGAGAGAUGUUUAAUGACAACGUUCUUGUCUCGUCCAUCACGUUCCCCUCGUUUAGUUUUUUAAGCUCCUUACCUGAGGCUGAACGAGCACGUUAGGGAAUUGUUACUAUACAGAAUUGCAAUACAUGUGAAAAUUCUUGUUAGAGGAGAAUGUCGUGUUAUGUAUAAAACAACGUAGACCUGGUUUUCGAAUAAAACAACACUAUCUAAAUUCAA